UGAUAGAUUCUUUCUGUCCUUCACUUCGUUCGAGGUUUAAAAUUUCCUUUCGACAAUAGCGCCAACUUGGAUCUAUUUUGUCGCCCUGGAGCGUAGAAAAAUCCGCUUUUAACUCGUGCAUCGCUAAAUAUUUGGUCAAAAUGUUGAUGCCCAAGAAGAAUCGUGUUGCCAUUUAUGAAUAUCUCUUCAAAGAAGGAGUCAUGGUGGCUAAAAAGGAUUAUCAUGCCCCAAAACACCCUGAGUUAGAUACAAUUCCUAACCUCCAAGUUAUUAAAGCAAUGCAGUCUCUUAAAUCCAGAGGUUACGUCAAGGAACAGUUUGCAUGGAGACAUUUCUAUUGGUACCUCACGAAUGAAGGUAUUGAGUACCUCAGAGGAUACCUCCAUUUGCCUCCUGAAAUUGUACCUUCCACAUUGAAGAGACAACCUAGACCAGAAACAACUCGACCACGACCAGCAGCAUCAAAGAGCGAGUCCUCAAGACCCGCAGAAGAUCGUGCUGGAUACAGACGUGGACCAGGUGGACCUCCAGCUCCUGGUGACAAAAAAGCUGAUAUUGGACCUGGUACGGGAGAUCUUGAAUUCCGCGGUGGAUUUGGACGUGGCAAAGCUCCGCAAUAAUUUUGCUUUUACGUUUUUACGAUGUAAAUUAAUAAAUAAAUAAAAUUUACAAUAUUGGCGCUAAA